UUCCUAGACUCCCGGUGCUGCUGGCUCUGCUCUCAUUGGCCGUGGAGGGUCAUGUGAUCACGCUCUCAUCCAUGUACGGGAGCCUGGAGUCGCCAAACUUCCCCGAGCCGUAUCCCAGAGACCUGGACCUGGUCUGGGACAUCCGAGUCCAGGCCGGGUUCAGGAUCAGACUGGACUUCAGCCACUUCCACCUUGAGCCGUCGUACCUGUGCGAGUACGACUACGUCAAGGUGGAGGCAGAUGGAGAGCUCUUAGGUCUCUUCUGCGGCUCAGAGCCCACAGACACAGAGGCGGUGCCAGGCUCCACCUCCUCCUCCUCCUCCACCUCCUCCUCCUCCUCCACCUCCUCCUCCUCUCCUCUGCUCUCCCCCUCCUCGUCUCUCUCCAUCACCUUUAGGACAGAUUAUUCAGACGAGGACAGAUACACAGGCUUCAGAGCCCACUACACAGCCCAGGACGUUGAUGAGUGCCUGGAGCGUUCAGACGAGGAGCUGCUCUGUGAUCACUUCUGUCAUAAUUUCAUUGGAGGAUUUUACUGCUCCUGUCGCCAUGGAUACAAGCUCCACCCCGACAACCGCACCUGCACAGUCCACUGCAAAGAUGUGGUUUUCCGGGAGACUUCCGGGAUCAUCAGUAGUCCGGAAUUUCCUGGAUCUUACCCCAAAUCCUCAGACUGUCAGUACCAGAUCCAAGUCCAGACCGGGUUCAGGGUCCGACUGGAAUUUGACCCAGUUUUUGAUGUGGAGGACCAUCCAGAGGCUACCUGCCCCUACGACUACGUGAAGGUGGUGUCUGGGGGCCGUGAGUUGGGUCCGUUCUGUGGGUCUGUGGCUCCUGGUUCCAUCGAGACUGAGUCCAGUUCUGUGAUGAUCCUGUUCCACAGCGACAACUCAGGAGAGAACCAGGGCUGGAGCCUCAACUACACCACUACAGGAAGUGUAUGCCCCGCCCCUGAGACUCCGCCCCACGCUGUUCUGAGUCCCGUCCAAUCAGAAUACAGCUUCACAGACCACGUGCUCUUCACCUGCCAAUCAGGGCACAGGAUUCUGAAGGAUGGACACUUCCUGGAGCACUUUCAGAUCGACUGUCUGGCCAAUGGGACGUGGAGCAGCAGCGCCCCCUUGUGUCAGGAGGUGGACUGUGGGAAUCCUCCUCCUGUGACUCGGGCUCAGAUCCUGUUUUUGGAUCAGAACAGAACCACGUUUGGGUCCAAGGUCCGGUACCAGUGUGAGACGGAGCCGGGACUGAACCUGAGCACGAGUGAGUUCAGGUGUGCAGCCAACGGGAAGUGGACCAGCCCAGAGACCGGGACCAGACCCCCCUCCUGCCAGACAGGCUGUGGACUGUCUCGGUCUCUUCCGUCUUUGGUGAAGCGGAUCGUUGGAGGUCGGACGGCAGACUCUGGAAUGUUCCCCUGGCAGGUCCUGCUCCAAGUCCAGGACCGGACCAGGAUCCCAGAGCAAAACUGGUUUGGAUCCGGGUCUCUCUUGUCUGAGACCUGGGUCUUAACCGCCGCCCACGUCCUCAGGUCCCCACGGAGAGACGGGUCUGUGGUCCCCCUAGACCCCCAGCACAUCCAGGUCUUCCUCGGGGUCCACAGCUCCAGUCUGAAGCACCAGGCGCAGCAGAGGAUUGUGGGAGCUGUAGUCCUUCAUCCCGACUUCCAGCCCCAGAACUACAACCACGACAUCGCCCUCCUGAGGCUGAGCAGCGCGGCGCAGCUCAGUGAUGUCAUCCGUCCUGUCUGCCUCCCACCAAUCAGGAGCCAGACCGACCCUCCUCUGCCGGAGCCGCACACUCUCGGGGUGGUGGCGGGAUGGGGCCUGUCCGUGACCCCUGACCCCGCGCUGUCCCCUGGCCCCGCCCCCCUGACCUCUGACCUGCUGCAGUUCGUGAAGCUGCCGGUGGUUCCUCAGGAGGAGUGUGUGGCGAGCUACGCGUCGCGCUCCGCCGACUACAACAUCAGCCUGAGCAUGUUCUGUGCCGGGUACAGCGAGGGCGGGCGCGACACCUGCCCGGGCGACAGCGGGGGGGCGUUUGGACAGGACCAGAGACAGGACCAGAGGUGGACCGUGGUCGGGAUCGUGUCCUGGGGCGGGCCUGAGGACUGUGGGUCUAAGAGGGUCUACGGAGUCUACACACGAGUGGAACACUACAGAGACUGGAUCCUACAGACUAUGAAGGACUAGACCAGGACUGAACCAGGACUAAACCAGGACUAGACCAGGACUAGACCAGGACUGAACCAGGACUAAACCAGGACUAGACCAGGACUAGACCAGGACUGAACCAGGACUAAACCAGGACUAGACCAGGACUAGACC